UAUCCGGGUAGUGCAGCGAUUAUUUCACAGUUCAACGUUACACGUGCUUACUGCUUAGGACGAAAGUAUGUCUGGAAGAGGAAAAACCGGCAAGGCUCGUGCAAAGGCCAAGACCCGAAGCUCCAGGGCUGGUCUCCAGUUCCCUGUCGGUCGAGUCCAUCGUCUUCUGCGCAAAGGUAACUACGCCGAGCGUGUAGGCGCCGGGGCUCCAGUGUACCUAGCAGCCGUGUUGGAGUAUCUCACCGCUGAAAUCCUCGAGUUGGCCGGAAACGCCGCCCGGGAUAACAAGAAGACUCGCAUCAUCCCUCGCCACCUUCAGCUAGCGGUUCGCAACGACGAGGAGCUAAACAAACUUCUCGGUGGGGUCACCAUUGCCCAGGGUGGUGUCCUGCCCAACAUCCAGGCCGUCUUGCUUCCCAAGAAAACUGGACAGGCUGCCCCGAGUGGCGGCAAGGGGGGAAAGAAGCCUUCUUCCCAAUCCCAGGAAUAUUAGCCACAUGGCUACAUCAACCCAACGGCCCUUUUAAGGGCCACGCACGGUGCAUUUGAAGAGCGAAUGUCCUUUUUGAUUAUUCUCUAAGUUUGUUUUUCCAAAUAAACUCGUUUGAGAAAGGCAACCCUUGCGAGUGGGCUUCUGCUGUUUAUUGAUUUGGCGCUGGUUUCCAUAGUAGCAAAAUCUGAAAUCAAAUGUUUUUUUUUUGUUU